AUGAAGACCGUCGCCAUCCUCGGUGGAAGCUACGGCGGGGCCCGCGCUGCCACUCUCCUGGCCCAGGGCCUCCCGCACGGCUGGCGCGUCGUUCUCGUCGACCGCAACUCGCACAUCAACCAUCUUUACGUCCUGCCCCGGUACGCCGUCCUCCCCGGACAUGAGCACAAGGCCUUCAUCCCCUACAACAACGUCUUCCUACCCCCGCGCACCGGCUCCACCCCCGGCCCCCUCGUUCAUCCCGCAUACACGGACCCCGCACGCUCGGUGCUGCUACACGCAUCCGUGACGUCGCUCGCGACGCACACCCUCACCCUUGACCGUGCGUUCCCGGAGCACGGCGUUUCCGAGGCCGACCGGACGCUCCACUUUGACUACCUCAUCUACGCCCUCGGCUCGCACCUUCCCUCGCCCAUCAACCUCUGGGACCCUGCCGCGGGGGAUGUGGAACGGGCGGAGGUACUCGACGUCGCGCGCGGCACGAAGGGGGGCGGGGUCGCCUUCCUCAAACAGUUCCAACGCCGCGUCUCGCGCGCGGCUUCCGUCCUGGUUGUUGGUGGGGGUGCUCUUGGUAUCCAAUUCGCCUCGGACAUUGCGGAGAUCUAUCCAGCUACCAAUGUCACCUUGCUGCACUCUCGUCACCGCCUCCUACCGAGGUUUGACGAGGCGAUGCACAGCGAGAUCGUCUCUAGCCUCUCGGCUCUGAACGUUUGCACCAUCCUCGGCGACCGCCUCGACCUCGCCUCGCUCGCCGACAACAAGCACAGCAAUGGCGAGCGCGUCGUCCGCACACAGAGCGGACGCGAAGUACAGGCCGAGCUGGUGUUGCUCUGCACCGGCCAGACCCCCAACACGUGGCUCCUCCGCGACGCCUUCCCUCAAUCUGUCGUCGCCGAUGGUCCCGACAAGGGCCUCGCACGCGUCCGGCGCACGCUCCAGCUCGCGGAGCCCGUCCCCGAGUCCGGACUCCCGACCGCUGUCGUCGAGGACGCGAGGACCCGCAUCGCCGCGUCGCACAUCUUUGCGAUCGGGGACGCGGCGGACGCGUUCGGCGCGGUGAACGCGGGGCACAAUGCGUUUUUCCAGGGCGAGGUCGCGGCGCGGAACGUCAUCCGGCUGAUCAAGCAGGCCGAGCGCAAGCAGAAGGCUGAGCCGGAGGACCUCGAGCUGGAGAAGUACACCCCGGGCGCGCCGGCGAUCAAGGUGUCCCUCGGUCUGACGAAGUCGGUCUACCAGUACCAGGGCGUCAUCGGCACGCGCGAUGAGGAACAGGACGACCUCGACAUUCACAUUAUGUGGCGCUACUUUGGGUAUGAGGUCGAGCGCGGCGACCUCGACACGGACCGUCCGGACGAAGAGAUCCCAGGCGCGGUGCCACGACUGGUGUAUACGACGAAGGAGGUCACGGUGUGA